GUUAAAAGACAAUCAAACCGAUUUGAUAUUAAAGAGUCCACCACUUAUAAUGACGAAGUAGAAAGUGAUUAUAAUUUCUCGAAUUUUGAGCUUGCUUACCGAGCUCUUGACCCCUCAAAAAUGUGGGUUCUCAAUUCAUCUGGGCGUGUCGUCGAAAAAAACGAAAUAUUUUCCUCUAAUCCAAAACAAGUACCAAAAAUCGACGAAAAAAUUGUGAAUUUCUUGAAAAAAUACAAUGUAGACAAUUUACCUACCCUUCAAAAGGUUAUUUUUGAGCCCCUUUUUUCUGAUAAUGCUCCUUAUUCAAUAGAUUUGGAUUAUAUUAACCUUGCGUAUAGGUCAAUGUAUUCUCUAUGGAGAGGAGAAGACGAUUUUACUUCAGCUUCAAAACUAGAAGGGUGGUUCGAAAUGAACAUCUGGGCUCAUUUAGUUGAUUCCGCUUUUUGUGAGAUGGAAACUGAUUUGGUGCGAGGAGAAGGAAUGUGUUUAUCGUCAAGUGAUAGAAAAAAUACUGAUAGGUCUGAAAAUGACCGAAAAAAAUUUGGCAAAAAGGGAGAUGGGAUCUUUAGAUUAUGCAACAAGCGCCUUGAAUUUGGCGCAAUUGAAGCUGGAAGAAACUGGGAGGGAACAAAGGGAACCAAACUCUUAACGGAUUUCUUAAAAAUGUCCAAGAUGCUUAAAGAUAUGAUUAAUGUACUUGCAACAGAAUGCAAUAUGAAAGAAGAUGUUUUAAGAAAGUUACAAAUAGCUGGGAUUCUCCAAGGAGCGAAUAUGAUGCAAGUAAUUACCAUAGAUCUUCCGAUGGGAUACGUUACUCGCAUCCAUCGUCGAAAAUUUUAUGAAGUUCCUGGUCGUUUAAACAAAUAUCAACCACUUGGAUUCAUUAUAAUGGAGGUUUUAUUUGUAAAAUCUGUAAUUAAGCAAACACUUAACUUGAUUAAUGAGUCAAAAGUAGAUUUUGAACAUUUUCUUAAUAACUAUUAUGAAAAUGACGGGUCCCAGACACCCCCUCAAAAUAUUAGAGUACCUUCUGCAGGAGAUAUCACACAGUCUCCAGCACGUUCACCAUUGAUGCUUGACAAAAAACAGAUUGUUAAACAGGAACUGAUAGAAGAAUUACAAUGCCAGGACCUCUCUAGAGUAUGCACUGAUAGAAAUGAUAUAGGCGAAAGCCAGCACAUCAGUGAUGAAAUCAAUGAGCCUUGUAAUGAGCGAAUUUCAAAGACUUUGAUUCUAGAAUUUGCACCAACUUUGGCCUAUUUGUUUGAAAAGACAACCAAGUCCUGUCAAAAAGAAAUUUUGCGUUGGUAUAAUUAUUCUCUUGAAAUGGAAAGCAAGGUUUUCGCUAUUAUAGCUGAAAGUAAAGCUACAGAGCAAACAGUGAGAGCUUGGAUAUAUAAAGAAAUGCUACGGCAUCUACCAGGCAUUUUGUUAGUUUCUCUACGAAUAAAAACAUAUUUAUCUCAAAAAAAUAAUCAAGAUGAGUCAAAGGCUCGAAACUCUGCUUCCUCGAAAUUACCAGAAGCUGAAGUAAGUAUAUCACAGGUAAAUACAUCUAGCCACCUUGUGACUGCCUUUGGCAAGAAUAACU